UUGGAUUGUUUGAUAAAUGGGCACCUGGGGAAGGUAAUCUGUGGUGACCUAGAUGUCACACAGACCUUUUGUCCCAGGUUAGUAGGUUUUUCCCCACAACAGGUCCAGGGGCUAAGGUGAAGGAGAUGAUUGCAUAUGCAAUGCACAUUUAUUGUUUAUGCUCCCAACUUUACUGUAAAAUGCAACUAAAUAUGAUGUAACUUUUCUGAUAAAAGUAGGUUAGGGAUUGAACCCCCCUCAACUUUUUGCAUGGAACACUUGUCAUAAUGAUCAUCCAGCAUUUUGACUUCCACCUUGCCACUGCAAGAAAUAGCGUUACUGACAAUGAUGAUGGAUUACCAAAGAAUAAAACCAAUAUUCAGUGACAGUUGGAUAUGAUUUUAAAACCAUGAACACAGAUGAACUAUGGCUCUAAUGUUCUUUUGCCUUUCAGGUAUAUCUCACGUAAAAGAUGGAGAAGUACAAGGUGCUGGAGGCAAUUGGACAAGGAUCAUUUGGGAGAGUGUUUCGAGGAAAGUGUCUCCUUAGAGGACAAGUAGUGGCACUCAAGUUCAUACCAAAGAGAAACAAAGUGGAGAGAGAACUGAAAAGUUUACGAAGGGAAUGCGAGAUCCAGCGAGGUUUAGCACACCCAAAUAUUGUUCGUAUGAUUGAUUCAUUUGAGACAGAAAAUGAAGUUGUGGCUGUCAGUGAGUAUGUUCCUGGUCAGCUUUUUCAGCUUUUGGAAUCUAAUGGUCCACUGAGAGAGGAAAGAGUUCAGCAAAUUGCAUGCAACUUAGUUUCAGCUAUUUAUUAUUUACAUUCACACAGAAUUCUCCACAGAGACAUUAAACCUCAAAAUAUAUUGUUAUCAUCAAGUGGUGAUGCAAAACUCUGUGAUUUUGGAUUCUCCAGAAAAAUGGGCAUCAAUACAUAUGUACUGACAUCUGUAAAAGGCACUCCACUGUACAUGGCACCAGAACUCAUUGAGGAGAAGCCUUAUGACCACAAUGCUGAUUUAUGGUCACUUGGGUGUAUCCUCUAUGAACUACUGCUUGGAAAGCCACCAUUUUGUACCACCUCCAUAGUACAGCUAAUCAAAAUGGUCAGGACAGAACCAGUCAUAUGGCCUGGAGGGUGGAGUAAGGACUGUUCUACAUUUCUGCAUGGGCUUCUUGAAAAAGAUCCUAGUAAGAGGUUGACAUGGCCGGGCUUACUUGAGCAUCCUUGGGUUCAUGAGGGGGUGGUAUUUGUUCAACAUUCUCUCAAUAUAAUGCCUCUUACUAACCCAUUGACAGUGUCUCAACAGCAGGUGAAGGAGCAACAGUGUAAAGAAUUGGUGGAAAGGGCAGCUGGACAGUCAAGGGCGGUUGGGCAGCCAGUUGUUAUAAAAGUUGCAUCACCAUCAAAAGAAGAAAUUCCUUCACGUAAUAUUAAACUUCAACUGCCUUUACCGCUUGACAAGGCAGUGGGUCUGGCUCCUGAAUCUCCUUCACCAGAGAGUUUUCCUUAUAUAAAUGAAAGAAAAAAGAGUAUAGGAAUUCCUCAAAUUGAUACUGAAACUUUAAAAAAGUUAGAGGCAGUUCAUCGUCAAACUGCUACUUGUCAAGAUGACCUGAGUUCCAGGUCUCCAUCUCCACACCAGCAUCGAUGUAGAGGAAGAGAGAAAAUGAUUCAAGUUCAGUUGUCCAGCUCAAGCGAUGCUUCGGGUCACAGCCAGAGGCAAUUUCUACAUACAACCACAGUUGAAGCUGAUGUCCACACUAAUGCAUCCUUGAAGAAAUCAGUAUCUGAAGCUGGUGUACAAGAUUAUGAGACUGAUGUUAGAAGUGCAAUUGGGGCAUCAGUCAGGAAACUCAGUAGAGUGUCUGAAGAGCCAGGGUUCAAAGAGGAGGAUGUAAAAGAUUUCAAAACCUAUGGGCCAGUGCCAUUAGAAGACCGCAAAGACAGUAUGGUGAACUACCUAGCAAAUUCAAUUGAUUCCUCCCGAAGGGGAAGUAGGCCCUCUAAUGCUGUGUCUGAGUUAAUGCAAGAUGGGAGACCAAGUUUGCCAAAUAUAAAUGAAGAAAGUUACACUCCAUUCACGCAGGAAAGAGUCCUAACAGUUCUCAGUGGAAAAACCAGCAAAGUAACUUCUUUUUAUAAGAGUAGACCUAAAGCACAUGUAAGCCCUAUUAAGGGGCAGUUGCGGUUGGCAGUUAUGGUUGGCUUCAGACCAUGUGAGUUCACUUAUUUGUGUAAUUAUGCUUUUUCUCCCUUGCUGUUCAAUUCACUGCUCUCUUGUGCUCUAGUUUACAGAAAUCAUAGUUAAAGUUAAUAAAAUAGUAUGUGGUUGAUCUGUGGUUACUUGAUGGAGAUUGAAAGUAGUUGACUGUAGGCAGGAACUCUGUAGUGACCACUUGGCCACUGUCUCUCCUGGCCUUGGCCUUCAAAUAGAGGCUACUGCUGUGAAAUGGAAGGAAUCUCUAUGGGGACAUUUAUAUGUAGCCUACAUGUCAGUAAGAUGUGUAGUCAUAAUUUUCCUAUUUGCUGUCUUUGUGCUGAUCUGAACUAGUCAGUUUAAAGGAUAACUGGAAGGUGCAAAGGUAGAGCAUAUGGAUGGGAAAAUGGAAAAUUUUCUACCCUGGCCACACCCUUAAAUAAACUCUGAAAAGUUAAUAGUGACCUGAUCUUGUACAGUUAUGGGACCAGUUUAUCAUGUUAUAUUACUGCUAAUAGUAAAUGGAUAAUUUUGCAUUUUACAACAGUAUUUGUGUAAAUUUGCUUUUUAAGUAAAAUAGUUCACAAAAUGAUUUUCUUUCAGUAU